AUGUCUUACAACUCGGGGCUGGGCAACUCCCGUAUUCCCAGCAGCAGCCGAGACCGAGAUAGAGAUAGACCUAGAGACAGACCGCCUUCAUCCAAACCACCCAUUCGUGACAGAGACAGAGGUCAUAGAGGGUCUGGGUCUGUUUCUGCGUUUGGGCCUGGACUGACCAGCACCUCAGAGGGCCACGACAACAGCUUUCGCCGUCACGAGCCUCAGCGUGACUACUUUGGCUACAGAGGAAACUACCGUAAGCCAGGCUUCAAUCAGGGCGGCCGCAAACGAGACAGUUAUGACAAAUACCGUCCAGGCAAUAAGAACAAAGCGGGUCCAAGCGGGCCUCGUAACUCGUGGCACGACAAGCGUAAACCAGGAAGCUCCAACAUGUAUGGAGACAGACCAAGACCUGAGCGUUCCGAGUAUAAGCCACCAAAGGACCUGGAGGAUGACGAUAGGAGGCUGAACAGACGUCCUGAUUGGGAUCCAAGGGAUUCUAGAGACUCGAAGGAUCCUAGAGAAGGCAGAGACCGCUACGAACUGCGAAUCCCCCAGGCUUCAAGAGAUCUGCUGUCGUUGCGAAGAACUACCUCAGAAGCUCCUCGUCUGAACGACAAGUCGUCUAAACUACACCGCUUUUCGGAUCCUUCCCCCUCGGUGCCUCUAGAAAGGCCGAAAAAGGAUGAUGGGGCUCUGACGAGCGAUACCAAGGUGCAACAAGUGGCUAAAAAACCUUCGCGUGUCCCAAUAAUCAAAGACGAAAGACUACUUCAUCUUUUCGAUGACGAUGAGCCAGAACCUUCAGCUUCACUGGAGACACCCGCACAGCCGAAGGGCGAGCCUAAGAAACCAGAGGGGCUGUCGAGCGACAUUACAAAGAAGACAGGCAGUGUAGCCGAGAAGCCAGAAGGUGAAAAAAGUGAUGAUAAAGUUGAGCCAAAGACUGAUAUCGAUACUGCAAAGCCAAAGCCAGAGAAGCAGGAGCAAAGCUCUACAGGCACCAGUAAGACGAGCGAUUCCGAGCCCACCAAGCCUGACACUACUACAAAAUCUGACGAUGGGAAGCUGUCUGAAGUGACUAAGAACGAAGAGUUGGAGAAGCCUGCGGUUGCGAAAAAGGAAGAAGAAGCGAAGAAAGCGGACAAUGACAAACAAGCCGAAGAAGCUAAGCAAACCGCAGAGGCAACGAAAGUCGAGACUAAAGAAGAACCAAGCGAGCCCUUGAAAAAUGAGAAAGACGAAAGUGAAGCCCUCGAACAUAGAAAGAGGGAUUCUGUUCAUUCGCUUGCACUGGAACCCGAGAAACCACUUCCUGACAUUGAAGAAGAUGCGGACGAUUCCGAAGCGGAAACGGUCAUCACGAAUGAGCCUAUUUCAACCGAUAAAGCGAAGCUGCUCGUUCGUAAACGUGGUGCUGAUGAGGAACGUCGUCGCCUUAAACGCAAAAUCAUCUACUCGGAUGAAAGCGACGAUGAGAAUGACGAUGAUCAUUCUUACCGCCCAUCGUCUGCCUCUCAGAAACAUAGCGAAGACACAUCGACUUCUCUUGAAAAGCACACUACGCCUUCUUUGCCCUUCAGACCAAGACGCAGGUCCUCUGAUGACGCUAUGAAGGUGGUUGAUUCAACGAGCUCGAAGAAUAAGGGAGGAGACUCAGCUGAUAACUCAGACGCUGAAUCGGAGAGAGAAGAUGCAGCAGAGAACAAGAAGGUCUUUAAACUGGGUUUCGACCAGUCAUCGAAGCCUUUGAAAUCUUACAAGAUGAAAAGAGACUCCACUGGACGUUCGCUUCUACAAAGAGCAUGCAAGAAAGGCGAUCUUGAUGCAGUGAAAACCUUGAUUGCCAGAGGUGCAGAUGCGAACGAGAGCGAUUUUGGUGGCUUCACUUGCUUGCACGAAGCCGCUUUGGCUGGCCAUACCGACAUCGUGAAAUUUUUAAUAGAGAAGGGCGCCGACGUCAACAAGCAGGCUUUGGAGGCAGGCGAUUCCGAGACUCCAUUGAUGGAUGCUUCAGAAAAUAAGCAUGUCGAUACCGUCAAGGUUUUACUUGCGCAUGGCGCGGAUCCGAACAUCACCAACGUUGAUGGUUUCUCUGCUUUGACAAAGCUUUAUCAUCUUCAAACGGAAGAAGAUAAUUAUGAUGAAGUAAUCAGCUUGUUGAGUGUUGCAGCAGACAAGAAGCUGACUCUGAAGGCGAUCUCACAAUCACCUCGCAAGGUUAUCGAAGAUCCAAAUGAGGGAUACUUCAACGACUUGACCAAGAAGAAGUCUCCACUGUCUGCCAUCUAUAAGUAUGUGGCCCAGGGCCUCAAGGAAGCUGCAGCAGAAGACUUUAUCCUUCAUGGCUAUUCCUUACUGAAGAAGCCCGAUAUUUUGAUUUUGGCUGCCCGUUAUGGCCACACAGAAUUGGUUGAUAUUCUUUUGGGCCUUAAUCCUGGAUCUUUUGACAUAAACUUGAAAAAUAAGGUGGGUGUUACCAUAUUACUUGCCAGUGUUGGAAGAGGUAACUAUGAUGUUGUGAAGCUUUUAUUAUCAAGAGGAGCCGAUCCUUUACUCACUAGAGACGAAGAUGGCCUAAACGCUCUCCAAAUUUCGAAGCACUCGGCUCAACACGAUCCAAGAGAAGUAUUUUUAAUUGAGCAGCAUUUGUCAGGAGAAACCGAGAAGGCUGCUACACCAGUUCCCCCUUCAAGUCCUACCCCAGCCGGCAGAGAUCGUGAGACGAAAAUCUCGCAACCAAGUGACGAGUCCAUCAAGAGCCACGACAAGCCUGCUUUGGAAGCGAACGAGGACGGCCCCAAGAGCCCCACAUCGAAACCUGUUGUUGCCAAAGACUCUAUCUCCAAGAAGCGUAAGGGCCUGGAAGAUUUGGAUUUGAAGAAGUUCAAGAAGAGAAAGGAAGCAGUGGAGGCAACGGUUAAUGACGCUACUGCUGCCGGUGAAGAAGCCCAAGAAUUAGAGAAGACGCUCCUAGGCUCACCUACUGGCGAAAUCAAGGAGAAGUCUCCAGAGGCUGAGCAAAAGGUCAAGAUGAAUCGAACCGCCAGCAGCGCGUCUUUGUCCCCAGGUCCUGCCACAAAAGCACAAGAGGAGCAAAAGCAAAAGGCUUUAGAAGAGGCUAAAAUAUGGCAAGAGAAGGUACAGGCAAAGAAGAGAGCUCGUAAGGAAAUGUUCUUACAAGCCGAGAAGGAGAAGGAAAGGAAGCGGAAAGAGGAUGAAGAAAAGAGAAUUGAGCUCGAGAAACAGGAGAAGUUGAAAGCCAAGGAAGAAGAGAUCAAGAAGGCGCAAGAGGCCGAGAAGCUCGCCAAGGAUUUGGAGAGUAAACGAAGAAAAUUGGAGAUCGACCUCAUUUUGGAAAAGUACCCUAUUGGGCUUAGGCAGUUCAUCUUUGGCGAAAGAUUGGGCGACGCAGAGCGUCUUAGGUACUGUCCUCUUUACGUUUUCGAUCUUGAAGGAAACAGCUAUGUGAUCGAUUUGCAAAUCUCUCUCCUUCUUGCAAGGCCCGUGUCCGAAUUGCACGAGAAAUGUCUCAAAGAUACAAACGAGAAAUCUAUUCUUGACGCUGAGGCUAAGGCAAAGGUGUGGCCAUUGUUCUUCCCCAUGGUCGGCGUCGGGAAGAAUAACCAGGUUGAAAUGGAUGGCCAUGCCAAGUUCUUGGGCCUCCAGCUUUCCUUCUUGCCAUACAAGAACGUGGCAGAGUAUGUGAAAACAAGCGAUGCAGAGCUUCAUGAUAACAUUUGGUCCCUGAAGAGAGAAACAAAGGUGAGUCUAAUGCUGUUGCCGGUUGCAACUGGUGCUAACCCAGGAUUGCCAGAAUCCUCACAACAAGAUCAGGAAAAGGGACCUGAAGCCAAAGCUGGCUUUGUUCCACCAAAAUGGAAACUUCGCCAGGAUGUCAUCCGAACCAUCAGUUCGGCACACACGCCUCUCUGGAGAGAUCUUUAUGAUCUGGAAGAGGAAAGCGAUCAUGAGCCCUUGGUUUUGCCUGAAAUGGAGUUCGAGCUCAUAGAAGUCGAUGAACAGAAAAACAAUUCAAACGAACCAGAAGAACCAGUUACAGAGGAACCAGAAGAGUUUGCUUUCCCUCUUUUCUCUGCUCCCUCCGCUGAGGUGAUGACAGUGACCAUGAACGAUGCUGAAGAGGAAGAGGAGAUCAACAACGAGAGACCAGAAUCGUACUACAAGGCAAUCUACAGCAAAAUCGAAAAGGAAGAGUUCCUUCUUGCUGCAGUCGACUCUGCUUACGUUUUUGAAUGGUCCCAAACUGUAUUUCCAGACCUAGCGCCUUGGAAAGUGGUGGACCUCAAGAAACAUAACGAGGACGUGGACCAAGAGAGAAAGAAGCAUCGCAAGAGAAGAGCAGGGAAGAAGAAGCGGGAAAGUGCUAUUUUAUGCAGAGAAAGAAGACAGACCAGGGAAAAGGAGGUCAAGAAGCUUCGACGUGAACAAGAGGCCAGGGAGAAGAAGAAGAGAUUCAAGAAGUGGAACGGGCCUGGAGCUAAGACAAAACAGAAGGUUCCAGCCAAGCCAAAGUACAGAACGGAAUAG